UACCUUUACACUUCCUUCGGAGUCGACCCCGCCUACGAACGCCAAUUGCACAUUGCGAAUUGCCCUCUCCUCUAUCGCGACUGAGCGCUUGUUGGCAGGGGUAGCACAACAGAAACUUCUAAAUCGAGAUCAAGAAAUACGCCUUUCAGGCGCUUGCUGAUGACUGUCGACUUUAGGCACUCGCACGAGGGUUUAGGUUGUGACUUUUCGCCAGUCAACAACACAACAAAGUUACUCCAUCGUGACAAAGGGUUUUUCCGGCAAAGUCCAGGAUGCGAAGUUGUUACAAAGUCAAACACAAAUCAUUCACAUUUCAUACCUGAUUCUUUCCAACGUCUACAAUUUUUUGAUGAUGAUGGGGUAAACGUCACCCCGAGAGCUUUGUUGAGAAAGAGCAAUAUGGUAAAGAAUUCAACUGUGCAAGAGUUUAGCAAGUCACUUUGCCUAAUCAGUGCCUCAGAAAACAGUGAGGUAGCCAGUUCCGAAACCACCCAAAUCAGUCCUGACGACAAAUCCCAGAACGAGCUGUCAAAAUCUUCAUUUUUUUUAAGAAAGGCUUCAGAAACACGUAUAUCUCUUUUCGAAUCGGAAAACUUGUGUUUCUUUUCCCUCCUUGGAAACUGUAUUUUGCGGGAGAACCCAUCUGGAUCGACUGCUUUACAUCACAGCUCAGCACAUGAAGCGAGGCAUGCAAGUGAGCUGCGCACUGAUGUUCAAACUCAGACAGUUACUGUCUUCACAACAUCAAAGGAAGCACAGCACGUAUCCGGGGUCUGCACUACACAGCAGUGCCAGGCUGAUGUUUGGAUAAUGCAGGAGUCUAUGCUUGAAUAUCGUUUGAACGGAACUGACCAGGUGUUCAGUAAACAUAUAAUAAAUUUAGGAGACUCCAUUGCUGGCAAUCUCGCUAUGGGCACUUGUUCUUUUAUUACGCACUCUUCACAGCUAUACACAGCUCUGAAGAUGUUGGAAAAAGUGAUUUUGCAAAAUGUUUACCAUGAAAAGUUACUAAGCUAUCGCGAUUAUAACUUUUCCAAGGAUACAGAACAGGAGUUGAUUCAUCUAUGGAACUUCGAAUGUGCACUGACGGAUGAGCGCAACGUCUCUUGUAUGACCUGGAAUAAGAUAAAGCCUGAUAUACUUGCAGUAGGCUAUGGUGAGUCAAACUUUACUCUUCAGCGUGCUGGCUUGGUAGCGUUUUGGUCUCUCGAAAACCCAGAGAGUCCUGAGUGGACUCUCAGUACUCACGUUGGAGUCACUGCAAUGGCAUUUUCCUCUUUAGACUUCAACUUGCUUGCUGUUGGGCUUUACGAUGGCACGGUCUCCAUCUACGAUGUCCGUUCUCCAGCAGAUGAAGCUAUUUUGGAGAGUGGGCAUGGUACACCAGGAAAGCAUAGUGACCCUGUCUGGAAACUUUGCUGGACAACACACGAGUCAGAUCAAGAAGAAACCAUCACUUCCAUAUCAACUGAUGGCCGCGUGGCACGCUGGAGCUUCAAAAGGGGACUAAAGUACCAUGAUUUAUUAAGAAUUAAGCACACCAAUAAAAAAUCAACAGCAACAGCUACAAGCUCUAGUAAACUAUCUACUCACACAGAUGCAUGUAUAAGUCGACAUGGAAGUGGGACAUGUCUAGAUUUUUCCUCAAAGAACUCUUCGGUGUAUGUUGUAGGUACAGAGGAUGGGAUGCUGUACAAAUGUUCCUGUUCGCAUAGUGAACAGUAUUUGCAGAGUUACUACGGCCACAGUGGGCCUGUUCAUCAAGUUAGAUGGUCACCAUUUGCAAGUAAUAUUUUCAUUUCUGCUUCAGCAGACUGGACCAUAAAGCUGUGGGAUGACGCAAGGUCGUUUCCAGAGUUUACUUUACAGUCGGGUUGCCAUCAAGUUUCAGAUGUCUGCUGGUCGCCGAUAAAUUCUACGGUAUUUGCCUCAACAACUUCAAGCGGGAGAUUAGAAGUCUGGGAUCUAUCGGUAUCUACUCUCAAACCGGCAGUGUCAUCAGAUGCUUUCAAUGAAAAAUUGACAUGCCUGUCAUUUGCUAAUACCUCGACUAUAAUUGCUGUUGGUGGACAAAGCGGAACUGUGGGUGUUUUCCGAGUUCCAGGAGUAAACGUGCCAAAUUGCAGUGACGGUAUUCGAUUGAGGGUGGCCUUGUCAACUAACUUCUAAGUCUUGUGUACUUUACGUUUACCCAGUAUAUGGUUGCCCCUAGUAAUAUCUUUGAUGUUUUUGUUGUCGUAGUCAAUCUUUCUCAAGAAUCUCACUUUGGCACAGAUAACUUUUUCUCAAGUUUCUGGUUUAAAAGUCUUCCAGGUCACAGGUCACGAUCCACUUAAGAACAUAUUUCAAAUAAAAAAAUGUGACUUGUGAAGUUACAGCCCAACGUAAAUGUGCUGAUCUCAAAUUCAUAGAAACAGUGAACUCAAUAGCUCUAUUUUAGUUAAAUCAGAGGUUUUCUUCAUCACAUACAUUACGCACUACAAGUAGAUGCACCCGUACAGAUUCAGUAAAGAGCAGGAUAAACUUCAUUCAGGCAGAGAGGAAGACAGGCCAAUAGUUUGAAAGAUAGCGCAAGAUACUUACCAUAACGGAGUUGGUAAUCUUCAGGACAACGUGUCCUUCAGCAUGACGAUACUUCAGUAUAUAGCGAACCUAGCGUUUUUUUUCCUUAGAAGAGGUCACUAGUUCACUCGGGACACAUUCUCACCCGGCCGGGAUCAACGUGAAAAAGUGCUGACGCCUUUUCGUUGAAGUCCUCAAAGUUUGCAGCGCAAAGAAUUCUCGAAUGAGAGCAUGAUGAAUAAUCUCCUGAGGAUGCCAUCAGGGCAACGGCUCGGAAGAACACAAAACUGAGAAUAUUUCGUCCUCAGAAUUCGGUUCCCGCG